UCGACUUAAGCCCUAGCGUGUCUCCUAUUUCUUCAUCAACAAUGAAGCUCGUCAGAUUCUUGAUGAAGCUCAAUAACGAGACUGUAUCAAUUGAGCUCAAAAACGGCACCGUUGUUCAUGGAACCAUUACAGGUGUGGAUGUUAGCAUGAACACACACCUGAAGGCUGUCAAAAUUACACUCAAGGGAAAGAAUCCAGUGACGUUAGAUCACCUGAGUGUGAGGGGUAACAACAUCCGUUAUUAUAUCCUGCCUGACAGCUUAAAUCUCGAGACACUGCUGGUGGAAGAAACACCUAGGGUGAAGCCAAAGAAGCCAACAGCUGGAAAGCCUUUGGGCCGUGGUCGUGGACGAGGUCGAGGCCGCUAAAUGCAUUCCGGCUGCUCUAAUUUUUUGCAGUGUUGCCUAUGUAAACAUAUGUACGGAUUGAGAGAUUUGCUCUUAGUUUUUCAGCGGAAA